AUGAUAAAAUUAUCUGUUGCUACAGAUGGUUCUGAUUCCAGAGAUAAACCAAAACUCUAUCGUUUGCAACUAAGUGUGACAGAAGUUGGUACAGAAAAAUUUGAUGACAACUCCAUUCAGUUAUUUGGUCCAGGAAUUCAGUCACAUCACUGUGACCUUACUAACAUGGAUGGAGUUGUUACAGUGACUCCCAGAAGCAUUGAUGCUGAAACUUACGUAGAAGGUCAACGGAUCUCUGAGACCACUAUGCUGCAAAGUGGUAUGAAAGUUCAGUUUGGGACCUCUCAUGUAUUUAAAUUUGUGGAUCCCAUUCAAGAUCAUAUUCCUAAAGGACGUCUAGAUGCAGGUCACAUGGUCAAAAGUUCACGUCUCAAAUCUGGAGGUGUACAAGAAACUACUUUUGAUUUGGAAGGAGACAUCCAAAGUGUAACAGGAUUAUCUACAAGCAAGAGCAUCAAUAGACUGGACUGUGACAGAAUGUCAACUUCUAGCACAGCUGAACGAAGCAUGGUGAAACCAAUGAUCAGAAUAGAACAGCAAGAUUAUCACAAGCAGGAUGGCAGACUACAGGAUGGUCCAGAAUUGAUACUACCUGCAAGCGUUGAAUUCAGAGAAAACUCUGAGGAUGCUUUUUUGUCUGCCAUCAUCAAUUACACUAAUAGCUCAACAGUUCAUUUUAAGCUAUCGCCUACUUAUGUUCUGUACAUGACAUGUCGGUAUGUAUUAUCAAGCCAGUACAGACCUGACAUCAGUCCUGCUGAACGAACUCACAAAGUCAUUGCAAUAGUCAACAAGAUGGUGAAAAUGAUGGAAGGAGUUAUACAAGAGGUAGACCAGGUUGAUCAGAAACAGAAGAAUAUUGCUGGGGCACUUGCUUUUUGGAUGGCAAAUGCAUCUGAGUUGCUAAACUUUAUUAAGCAGGAUCGAGACUUAAGCCGAAUCACAUUAGAUGCACAAGAUGUUUUGGCACACUUAGUUCAGAUGGCAUUUAAAUACUUGGUCCACUGUCUUCAGUCAGAGCUUAAUAACUACAUGCCUGCAUUCCUUGAUGAUCCAGAAGAGAAUAAUCCUCAAAGACCUAAAAUAGAUGAUGUCUUACAUACAUUAACUGGAGCCAUGUCCCUGUUGCGACGAUGUAGAGUGAAUGCAGCACUGACAAUACAGCUCUUCUCCCAGCUGUUUCAUUUUAUCAACAUGUGGCUUUUUAACAGAUUGGUUACUGAUCCAGAUUCAGGACUGUGUUCACAUUAUUGGGGAGCUAUUAUUCGUCAACAGUUGGGUCAUAUAGAAGCCUGGGCAGAAAAACAGGGCUUGGAGCUGGCUGCUGAUUGUCAUCUCAGUCGGAUCGUACAAGCAACUACAUUACUUACUAUGGAUAAGUAUUCUCCUGAAGACAUUCCUAAUAUUAAUAGUACCUGUUUUAAACUCAAUUCUUUACAACUGCAUGCAUUGCUACAAAACUAUCACUGUGCACCAGAUGAGCCAUUUAUUCCACCAGAAUUAAUAGAAAAUGUGGUAGCUGUUGCAGAAAAUACUGCUGAUGAACUAGCUCGUAGUGAUGGUAGAGAAGUACAGUUAGAAGAGGACCCUGAUCUUCAGCUUCCUUUUCUUCUCCCAGAAGAUGGUUACUCAUGUGAUGUUGUCCGAAACAUUCCAAAUGGAUUACAGGAAUUUUUAGAUCCACUCUGCCAAAGAGCUUUUUGCAGGUUAACACCUCAUCCACGCUCACCAGGAACUUGGACAAUAUAUUUUGAAGGUGCAGAUUAUGAGAGCCAUCUGUUACAAGACAAUGCAGAUUUGGCUCAGCCACUGAGGAAAGAACCUGAAAUAAUUACUGUAACACUGAAGAAACAAAACGGGAUGGGACUAAGCAUAGUUGCUGCUAAGGGUGCUGGUCAAGAUAAACUUGGCAUUUAUGUCAAAUCUGUGGUAAAAGGUGGUGCUGCAGAUGUGGAUGGUCGAUUGGCUGCAGGGGAUCAGUUGCUUAGUGUGGAUGGGCGCAGUUUGGUUGGACUUUCUCAAGAAAGAGCCGCAGAACUGAUGACAAGAACAGGAACAGUAGUCACAUUAGAAGUGGCAAAACAAGGAGCAAUUUACCAUGGUUUAGCAACAUUGUUAAAUCAACCAUCUCCAAUGAUGCAAAGAGUUUCAGAUCGUCGUGGCUCAGGUAAACCCCGACCAAAGAGUGAAGGUUUUGAGCUAUAUAACAAUUCUGCUCAGAAUGGAUCACCUGAAAGCCCUCAGCUGCCUUGGACUGAAUAUAAUGAACCAAAGAAAUUACCAGGGGAUGAUAGACUACUGAAGAAUCGAGCCGAUCACCGAUCUAGUCCCAAUGUAGCAAAUCAGCCUCCAAGUCCAGGGACCAAAAAGGCUUAUACUGGAGGAACUACAAAUAAGAUAACUUCAGUGUCUACUGGAAAUCUUUGCACAGAGGAACAGGUACUACCAGCUAGACCUGAAGCAUAUCCAAUUCCAACACAAACUUAUACCAGAGAGUAUUUCACAUUCCCAGCCUCCAGGUCUCAGGAUCGAAUGGGUCCCAUUCAGAAUCAAUGGGCAAAUUAUGAAGAAAAGCCCCAAAUUCCCACUGAAAGUAAUCACUAUAUCAAUAAUGCAAAUCAGCGUGUAACCCGUUCUGAAGAGGAACUACGGGAUGAUAACAUUUAUCAGGCAGAAAGGAAUCAAUUAGAAGUUGCCAUGCAAAAAGAUAUGGGAUAUAUUGAAAGAAAAUCAGAUAGCGAUCCAUGGAUGAAUUCUUCUGUGGAUUCUAGCACAUCAAGCCAGGAGCAUCUAAACAGUUCCUCUAAAUGUAUCUCCUCUGGAUCUUCUUUAACCAAAAGUGGACCUGGCCGUUGGAAAACACCUAUAAUUACUCAACCAAUGUUGCUGGCAGUUUCUCAGUCCACAAGGACAGACCUACCUCCCCCUCCCCCUCCCCCACCAAUGCACUAUGUAGCUGACUUUGACGGACUGCAAAUGGAUUUACCUCUCCCACCACCACCUCCACCUGCAAAUCAAUUGGGGUCACAGUCAUCUCAGGUUGCUGCUGCUGCAGAGCGCAAAAAGAGAGAAGAACAUCAGAGAUGGUAUGAAAAAGAAAAAGCACGCUUGGAGGAAGAACGAGAUAGAAAACGUCGAGAGCAGGAAAGAAAACUGGGGCAAAUGCGUGCUCAGCCACUAAUGCCAGCUCAAUCAUUGCCUCCUCCUCUUCAGCAGGUGAAACCGGAGAAGCCUUCAACACUGCAGAGGUCUCAUGAGACGGUGAUUAGAGAAUUGCAGCCCCAACAACAACCCCGAACCAUUGAACGAAGAGAUCUCCAAUAUAUCACCAUAAGCAAAGAAGAGCUGUCCUCUAGUGAUAGUCUGUCUCCUGAUCCCUGGAAAAGAGAUGCUAAGGAGAAGCUGGAGAAGCAGCAGCAGAUGCAUAUUGUGGAUAUGCUAAGCAAAGAGAUUCAAGAACUUCAAAAUAAGCCAGAUCGAACAGGCGAAGAAAAUGACCGCCUGCGCAAGCUCAUGCUGGAGUGGCAAUUCCAGAAACGACUUCAAGAGUCAAAGCAAAAAGAUGAGGAUGAAGAUGAGGAAGAAGAUGAUGACAUCGAUACUAUGCUGAUUAUGCAACGACUAGAAGCUGAGAGAAGAGUGAGGCAGACUGCUUUGCCAGCAAUCUCUGUUCUAGAUUUGUUACAGGAUGAGGAGCGUAGACGGCAGCAGCAAUUGGAGGAAAUGCGCAAACGGGAAGCAGAAGAUAGGGCCAGGCAAGAAGAAGAGCGUUGUCGCCAAGAGGAGGAGCGGACAAAGCGAGAGGCUGAGCAAAAGAGGCGACAGGAAGAAGAAUAUUAUAAUCGCUUAGAAGCAGAGAGACGCCGCCAGCAUGAUGAAGCAGACCGGCGAUUGCUGGAGCCCGAUGAGCCUGGUCUGUACAGACCUCCGCUUCCACGGGAAUAUGAAUUUCCCUCCCCACCCCUUUCAUCUAAUGCUCCUCCUCCCCCACCUCAACGAAACACUUCUUACCUCAAAACUCAGGUCCUCUCUCCUGACACGAUUUAUACUGCCAAGUUUGUUGCAUACAAUGAUGAGGAGGAGGAGGACUCCUGUCUAGCAACAGGUCAGGAUAAGUACACCAGUACAAGAAAGUCUUGCGGUGACCUUCCUCCUGUCCCCCCUAAGCCACAGCAGCCCUCCCGCCAGCCACGCCCAGUCUCAGAUGGCCUCUGUCUGUCCAACUCAUAUCAGCCCUCCGCUGUCAAUGCCAACAGUACUGCUAACAAAAUGAGCCAACCCCCUCCCCCACCACAAAAGCCAAGUUUCAUCAAUCCCAGCAACACAAAAGGCUCAAACUACACUGGAUCUACUGGAGCACUUGCAGGUUCACAGGAAUCUUAUUCAGACCCAAGAGAGAAGAAAUUGAAAUGUCAGGAUACAGAUAUACCUGGUGCACCAGAGAACUUGACUUUCCGGGAGCGACAAAGACUCUUUUCACAGGGUCAAGAUGUGUCUAACAAAGUAAAGGCAUCUAGGAAAUUAACAGAAUUGGAAAAUGAAUUAAAUACAAAGUAGGAUAACCAUCACCUUAUCAAAAAAUCAGAAAAUCUCUAUGGAACUAGGGUUGGGCAGUUCAAGGAGGAGAAGAAUCUCAUACCAAAUGGGAUAAUUCUUUUCCGUCUGGACUAUUUCUUUCUAAACUAUAUGUUGCAAUAGCAAGAAAUUCAAUUAUUUGCCAAGUGCUUGUGGUUUAUACAAUUGAGGCACUGUAAAAUAUAUUUUAAUUAAAUAAAUCAAAUGUCAUGUCCUUUUCCACAUCAUUGUCCUUCAGCUGCUUUUGGAACUGUCUGGAAUUGUUGCUUCCUAGUCUUUUACAAAACAUGUAAACAUCUGUUAAGCAGAAAGAGUGGCUGUAGCUUGAACUGCCUAACUACCACUGCUUGUUGCACUGUAGGUUUGAUACAAGUAUAAGGUAAUAUAAAAUUUUAAGAGAUCUUGGGAGCUAGUCUUUCAGAUUAGUAGCAUAAUAGAGAACACUAAUAUUAGGGGUCCAAUUUCUAUAGAUAAACCCUUGCUAUAAACACACUUGAUUUUUAGAAGUAAAAGGGCUCCGUUAUCAUGUCCAUACUAAGCCACAUAGAGUAUUCUAUGUACACCUAGAUUUUGGACAUUAAAUACUUGACUGGUUUUGAUGGCAGUCCAGCAAUGUAACAAGAUAUGCAUCCUAUUUUUCCGACUGUCUUAUCUCUUCUUACACUGAAGUAUUAAUCACUUCUAAAACUUGAGUUUUGAAACAUUGAUAAGAAUUUAAAAAAUAAGAAAUAUUGGACACUGGGUAUGGUGGUGUGUGUGCGUGUGUGCGUAUGUAUUGUUUUAAAGCUAUUCUGAAAUGUCACACUUUAGCAAUAUGGAAUAAACUUCAAGUGGUAGCUCCAUUAUAGCCAAGAUAAAACCAAAGUUAAAUAUUCACAAAUGGACUAAAGACAUCAAUUAUCAGUAGCAGGAAAUUAAGCACUACACGCAGGGGAAAUGUGGUUACUUGUGGCUGCAAAAGGAAAGAAAAAUUGCCUUUCAUUAAGAAUUUCCUUUGAGGGAACCUGGCAAUAUUCUGAUGGCAUGUCAUCAGACGUUUGUAUAGAAAAGUGCUGGUCAAGGUACCUCUAGUUAGCUAUUGUUCUUUUUCUUUAUAUUGUAGAAUUGUAGAAGAUGUUGGCAGUUCAAGCUAUUUUACACACUAUGUUGCAGGAUUAUUUAAUUUUUAAAUGGUUGAAAUCUGUUUCACCCGCUGAUCUUUCAGCUAUAUGUAUAGCUGAUGUUAAGAAUAAAGACCUCAUCUUAGUUUGUUUUCGCAUUGUGUGAUGCUUAAAACAAUAUAUUGUGAUUCUAAACAAAUUUUCUAUUUGAUAAAGUCCUUAAUUGGGUUUUAGAUGAUUUUUCUGUAUAAUAUGUUCUCUUAUAAAUAUAUAUUUAGGGAAUUAUGCACACUUCCAAAUGCAGAGGGUAGACUUUACUGCCUUAGAAAUCACUUUUAAUAAGAGUUGUAUGAUAAAAAAAUAAAUGCAAGUUAAAGAUAAAAUUGGAGUGUAAAUAUUUUUUUUACAUAGUUCAGGUUUCUUAUUUGAAAGUGUUCUUUUAAUGUUCAUCUGUUAAAUAUGAAGUAGAAGAUUAAAUUGGUUGAAAGUGUUAAUGAAGGAUUGCAUGCUUGUUAUGUCUGUUAUUCAGGGAAAAAAGGAGGUGUCCCCCAAUUUAUCUUGAGAACACUAGAUAUUCUGUGGCUGGAAUACUGUUGCUGCUAGAAUUUAAGGAAAAAAUAUUAACUUACUGUGGAGUGGAUUUGAACACUAUUGGGCUGGGGAGGGCAACUAUGGCAACUUUACAACCUGUGGAUUUCAACUCCCAGAAUUCCUGAGCCAGGAAUUCUGGGAGUUGAAGUCCAUAGGUCUUAAAGUUGCCAUAGUUGUCCACCUCUGCUUAUUGGGCAUUCAAGCCAUGUGAAUAUGAAUAAAAAUGCUUUUCAUAACUAUUGUUGCAUUAUGGAGAAAACAACAUAAGAACUGCUGUGGUUUCCCAUUUCUACUGUAUUUCACUUGCAACCUAUUUUUAAUAAACUUUGUAUUGUAUUUAACUUUGCACUGUA